AGGCAUAAAUGAGGAUAGGAGCGUCGGUUUUGCGGAAAAGCGAGUAACAGCAGAGAAGAAAUAGAAUCAAUCAAUUUUCCCUUUAUUCACUCUACACAAAUUUUCUCUUGAAUCGCUUCUUAUCGCUCCAACCAUUCAAUCCACCAUCGAUGGCUUCUGGAUCAUCCGGUCGCGGUAACCCCGGCUUCGAUUUUGCAUCCGAUGACAUCUUGUGCUCAUACGAAGACUUUUCCAACCGGGAUUCCAAUUCCAAUAAUCACAACGAUCCUUCCAAUUCAACCAAGGAUUUUCACAAAUCAAGGGUAGCAAGGACAUCUGUUUUUCCUGCUCCUGCCUAUAAUCCACCUGAAGAUUCUUUAAGCCAAGAUGUGAUUGCAACUGUUGAGAAGAGUAUGAAGAAAUAUGCUGACAAUCUUAUGCGAUUUCUUGAGGGAAUUAGUUCAAGGCUAUCACAGUUGGAAUUAUAUUGCUACAAUCUUGACAAAUCUAUUGGAGAAAUCAGAUCUGAUUUAAAUCGUGACCACGGUGACCAAGACUCAAAGCUCAAAUCUCUUGAAAAGCACGUUCAGGAAGUUCACAGGUCAGUACAAAUUUUAAGAGACAAGCAAGAGUUAGCCGAGACGCAGAAAGAGCUAGCUAAGCUUCAACUUGCUCAGAAAGAAUCAUCUUCCUCAAGCCAUUCACAGUCCAAUGAGGACAAAUCUUCACCUUCUACAACAGACCCUAAAAAAGCUGAUAAUGCAUCUGAUACAAACAACCAGCAGUUAGCUCUUGCUCUUCCUCAUCAAAUUGCUCCUCAGCCACAGCCUGCAGGACCCCCGCCAGCCCAAGCUCCACCACCAAAUGUGAAUCAACCCACUCAACAACCCUCUUAUUACAUGCCGCCUGCUCCUGCAGCGUCUCAGCUCCCCCAGAAUCAGUAUAUGCCUUCUGAUCAACAAUACCGAACCCCCCAACUACAAGACAUGUCUCGGGUGGCUCAACAACCUACACCAUCUCAAAUAAAUCCCCCCACACCUGUGCAACAAUUUUCUCAGUAUCAGCAGCAGCCCCCGCCGCAGCAGCAGCAAUGGUCUCAGCAGGUCCAACAAUCCUCAAUGCAACCUCAAAUGAGACCCCCCUCGUCUACUGUGUAUCCUCCAUACCAGCCCAGCCAAGCAUCAAAUCCAUCACCCACAGAAACACUGCCAAACAGCAUGCCCAUGCAAAUGCCAUAUUCAGGGGUUCCGCAACCAGGAUCCAGCCGUGCUGAUUCCAUGCAAUAUGGAUAUGGGGGAACUGGUAGAACAGUUCCCCAACAGCCUCCACCCCAGCAAAUCAAGGGUUCAUUCCCUUCCCAACCAGGUGACGUGUAUGGAGCUAGUGGGACCCACCCGGCACUCCCUCCUCCUCCUGGUAAUGCAUAUAUGAUGUAUGAUGGUGGUGAGGGAGGAAGGGCACAUCAUCCACCACCCCAACCCUCUCAUUUUGCUCAAUCUGGAUAUCCUCAAACAAGUGCUUCCCUUACGAACCCCAAUCUCUUGGUUCGAAAUCCUAGCCAGUCACAGUUUGUACGCAACCAUCCUUACAAUGAGUUGAUUGAGAAAUUGGUGAACAUGGGAUUCAGGGGUGACCACGUGGCAAGCGUGAUCCAAAGGAUGGAGGAGAGUGGACAAACCAUAGAUUUCAACUCUGUUCUUGACAGGUUGAAUGUGCAUAGCUCUGUUGGUCCCCAGAGAGGGUGGUCAGGGUGAACUACAACUUAACUUUGUCUGUGGAAUGUCAUUUACUGUUUAAAAAACUUGAUCAUCGCGUGUUUUAUUAUGCAUGGAAUAAAAGUUUUAUGUAGUGGCUACAGCUUAUCACCGUAUGUAAAAAUCUUUGAGAUUUGUCUAGUAUUUUUACAGAUUAUAUCCUUCACUUGUUCUCUUCUAUUUUUUUAA